UCAUGGAGGUUUGAGGCCGUGGAGGAGUCAAUUAUAAUCAUAAAAUAUUUCCGUAAUAAUUGACGAUUGCGCAGUGACGCUAAUAACGGUAGAAUAUUUCGAUAAAAAUAAAGCAAAUUUAGACGGUUUAGCGGGAAUCUGUGCGAAACAAAAGUGUUUCGCGCGUCACACUCAAGUGCCAACAUAUUUUCGCUCGUUGUGACGUAUGUGUGUGUAUGCUCCAUGAACUGUUUUUGUGCGCCGAAAAUGUUGGGUGAAAGGCGCCUGGACCUAUUCUCGCCACGUUAAAAAGAAACCACGAAAAAAUAAGAGCAGAAGUAAGAAGAAAGAGAAGAGCGCAAGAUCCUUUAAGUGAAUUAUAAGGGAAGGACGUGUGUCUUGCCAAACACGUAAAAGGUCAUCACAGCCGUGUGAUUGCCUCGUCUUUAGCUGAGAGUACUUGGAGUUGUUGCUCGGAGUAGAGGAGACGAACUGAAAUCAUGAGCAGCAGUACGACGUUGCCUUCGGCAUCGUCAGUCAUUGCGGCUGUCAUCGACAAAGUCAGUACAACAACGACUACUAUGAGAACUUCGACUACUGAUUUUAGUGGUGGAUUGGACAAAAACAACUCCGAUGACAUUACACCUAUAUUUCUUCAGACUCGAGCAUGUCAGGGUAUUUCAGGAGCCUUUGUGUGGUUGGCGCUAUUCCUAACUUGUCAACAGAUUUAUCAGCAUCUGAGGUGGUACACGAAUCCUACGGAACAACGAUGGAUCGUGAGAAUUUUGUUCAUAGUUCCGAUAUACGCGACGUACUCGUGGAUUUCGCUGUUGUUUUUCAACAGCGAGAGUUAUUACGUAUAUUUUUUCACGGUACGCGAUUGUUACGAGGCGUUCGUAAUAUACAGUUUUUUGUCCCUUUGCUACGAGUACCUGGGCGGCGAGGGCAAUAUAAUGUCGGAAAUAAGGGGCAAGCCAAUCCGUUCCAAUUGUUUAUACGGGACGUGGUGUCUCGUUGAGAAAACGUACACAAUCGGAUUUUUACGCUUUUGCAAACAAGCGACCCUACAAUUUUGUCUCGUUAAACCCGUCAUGGCGUUCGUUAUUAUAAUCCUACAAUCUUUCGGGCACUAUCGCGAUGGCGAUUGGUCACCCAACGGUGGUUACAUCUACGUCACUAUAAUUUACAAUAUCAGCGUUUCUCUCGCUCUUUACGGACUCUUUCUAUUCUACUUUGCUACGCGUGACCUGCUUACUCCGUUCGAGCCCGUAUUGAAGUUCUGCACCGUCAAGAGUGUCAUAUUUCUGUCAUUCUGGCAAGGUGUUUUACUGGCUGUACUCGAAAAGGCAAACGCUAUAGCACCAUUGAUCAACAAAGAUCACACGACGAGCGUUGGUACCGUGUCCGCUGGAUAUCAGAAUUUCCUCAUCUGCAUCGAAAUGCUUUUUGCCGCAAUUGCCCUCAGAUACGCCUUUCCCUAUCAAGUUUAUGCAGCUGGCUGCGUCACAGAUUCGAGGGGUCGUAGCGUGACGAUGCAAAGUAUCAGCAGUAGUUUAAAGGAAACCAUAAACCCGAAGGAUAUAAUGACCGACGCAAUCCACAAUUUUCAUCCUCAGUAUCAACAGUACACACAAUACAGCUCCGGUGGCACCAAGAGUCAACGAGGCAUGAGGGUGUCGAGCUUCGAUCCGGACGAUCCGCAAAAUAUGCCGGUGCCACCGCCGCAAAGGCGCAACACAUCGCAUCAGCGUGUUGCCACCAUCUCCCAAAAUUAUAACGAAAAAACUAUGUUAUUGAGCAGCGAUGAUGAAUUCCAGUAAACUAAAGAAAAACCAAAAAAAUUAACUCAAAAAAGAAGUAAACAAAGAGCGAGAUAAAAGAACUUUGACAAAUUUCUGAUAAGAAGCUUCUACUCGCAAAAAAUGAAAUGAAAAACCAACGGCAAAACUCGCUAUAUUUGAAAUGAUGAAGAGAAAUAUAAAUGGUCUCGUAAAAUGUUGCAUUUAAAUGUGGGACAAGAAACGUUUGACGAAAUCAGCCAAGGAUUAUUCGUGCUCGAAGAGGAUGACUAAGCAGGAAAAUGAAAAUUAUAUUGUUUGUGUUGUAUUUUCAAAGUUGUAACAAAAGUUUUAAAGAGAGACUCCGCAAAGCGUCCACAAAUCGGCAGGGUAGAGACUUCAUAAAAACCGCAGAACCAAGAAAAAAGCCCAUUGCACAUAUUAUCAUCAUAAAAAUCGUGACGUUUUUAUUCAUGUUAAAUACAUAUGAAUUAUGUUACACGAAUACAAGAAUAGCGUAGAAGAUAUUUUUUAUUAACGCUCACGCACCAUUUUUUACGCUGUUUUCAUUAUUUUGCAUACCGAUUUUUUCGCCAUUGUUCCACACGUUAAACUCUAAGCUUAUUUCACUAGUAAUUCUGAACGGUAUACAGUACACGUCUGCUAUUUACAAAAGAUCGUGAAGAAUUUUUCCUUCGGUAAUAUUAUUUUUUUCCCAUUUCUCAUAUUUCUUUACGUAAAGAGCGUUAUAAUUAUUUUAAUACUUGUACAAACAUCAUUCGUACUUAAUUGUAAUUAAUCAUAUUAAUCGAUACGUCUCAAAGUUUCUCACGAUUUGCAUAGUACGCUUUUUUAAAAAACAAAUGUGUACGUUAAUUCAACGAGUUCGAUCGAGCUUACUGGGUUUUGUUCUCUUCUCGAAUUUGAAAAUAUUUAUUAUUCAUUUCCACGAGCUACGAUACACUCGUCAUUAGCAGUCGAUUGUUUUUUUGACGUGAAAAAAAUCCAAGCGUCGACUACUGCCGUAUGUACACGAAAAAAGAGAUAUACAAAAUUAUCGAUUGGUCGAUGAAAAGACAGGAAGAACGAAAAAAUGAUACGUAACUUCAGCUUCGAGCCACUCAACUAUACCUUCGCGUCCUAUUGAAACAAAAUAUAUAUAAAUAUAUGUAUAUAUCGUUAAUAUAGUAGAUUGUAUUUAAUGAUUAAUCGAAAAAAGAUGAAAUAAGUUUUUUUGCCAAGCAUCGUGUCCCUUCGACACACAGCAGUGAUUUACGUUCGAUGAUGAAGAAACAAAACACUAAAAGAAAACUAAUAUAUCCGGGUGCUGUUCAUGUUUUCUCACCCGAGCCCUAUAACAAAAGCAAAGAAAAAAAACAAACAAAAUCGAGAUAAGCUCCAAAUUUAUCGUAUAUUGUAAAAAUUCAUACAAAAUUUUAUUUCACUUCCAUCGAGGUACACACUGAAAUAUAUAUGUUAUGUUUAUUUAUAAAUACUUUUCCUAUCCGGUGAGAAAGCUCUGCGCUCAGUUUCGAAUCUCAGCACCGAGGUGAGUUCUGGUUAAUAAGCUGGUUUUACUGUAUUGAAUUAAGGAGAAAAGAAACAAGAUCGUCAUUCACCGUGUAAUUCAGAGCCUAAAUACUGAAAAGUCUCGCAAAUUUCGACGGUACAUUCUACUCGGCCUAUUACUGGGCACGUAACGUUCGAAUGUCGUAUUUUUUUGGCUCGUGUGAAAACAUUUUCAAAAAGAAAAUAGUCUGUAUUUGUCAAAUAAAUAUUUUUAUCUCAA